AUGAAUGGGAAUGGACUCGAGAAAGACGCCAGUUGCUCCCAAGUCACUCCGCAUAUUCUACGAACUCUGAGCAAAAUCGGACCUCAGAACAUAUCUGAAAUAAAAUUUGCCGUUGGCAGAUCCAAGCAGGGUUGCUAUCUCCGUCUAGAUUUUUUGCCAGCCCCAGCAGUGAAUGUAGAGGCAUUACCGAGAAAAUACGUGGAGACUGGCGUUUCUUGUUGUGGAGACUUUCCUUUCGAUGACAAUUUAACGACGUGCGGACUUUUCUAUGAAGGAAACGAAACCAAAUGCGACGUCUCAAUACAAACUGGUCGACCGCAACUUUCGAAAUAA